UUUCGGCAGGUUUCUGGCCGCUGGGCGAGCUAUGGUGCAACGUAUAUGUGACAUGUGACGUGUUGGCGUGUUCCUCGUCCAUCAUGCACAUGUGUUGCAUCAGCCUGGGCCGCUACUUCGGCAUCAGGAACCCCCUUAAGACACGACACACCUACUCCACCAAGCGGGUGGUCGGCAUCAAGGUCACUGUCGUCUGGUUACUGUCUAUGCUCGUCUCCAGUUAUAUCACACUAUUGG